AUGGAUUUUUGGCCUAGUGUGCGUUUCUGGCAAGCGAACGUGGGGGACUACCGGGGAAGAGGAGGGGAGUCGCGGCAAGUGCGGGAAGAGGAGGAGGAGGACGAGGACGAGGAGGAGUACACCGUGGAGGUGUGGGACGCGCUUGACUCCCUAGAACAGUUAAAGCCCAUCAUCGCGUCGGGCCCGCGGUGGAAGCUCGAGGAGUUUCUACGAGCCAUCGACAUCCUCCAGGAGAUGGCGGAGUUCUUUGAGCGCAACGAGUGCGCGUCGGGCGUGCGCGAGUGCGAGAAGUACAUGGCGGUCGCCAUGGACCACCUCGUCGACGAGUUCCGCGACGCGCUCGUCAAAAUCAGCAAGCCGUUGCCAGCAGCCAUGCUGCGCGAGGUGGCCAUGUCAGCGCACGCGGGCCGCCUCGUCGACCAGCACCAGGGCGGCGCUGCUGCUGCCGCCGCCGCCGUGCUGGCGGGCGCGGCGGGCCCGGGCGUGCCGCGCACGUCCACCGGAUCCUCGUCCGCGUCGUCGCACCUGCCCACGUCGCGCUCGCGCACCGCCAACACCACCUCGUCGCCCGACUCGUCGGGGUCGUCGUCGCCCGUGGGGGGUGGGGGGUCCGCCACGGCGCACGCGGUGUCAGCCGCCACGCACCUGGCGCUGCAGGACUGGCUGUCCGCCAGCGCCGUGCCCUUCCUGCACCGCAUGGCCGUCAAGCUCGCGCAGGGGGGCGAGUCGCAGCGCUGCAUGCAGCAAUACGUCAAGGUGCGGGCGGAGGCCAUUCAACGAAGUGUAGACGCGCUGGACAUCAAGAGAGUGCUGACGACAUCACUGGAGGAGAUGACGUGGCAGCAGCUGGAGGCGCUAAUGAAGGGAUGGGUCACGGACAUGCGAGCCAUGGUGUUGGUGCUGCUGGGCAGCGAGCGCGUGCUGUGUGACGAGAUAUUCGACUCCCUCGAACCCGACAGAGAGCUCUGCUACCUCUCCCUCAUUCAGGCGAGUGGGCUGGCAGCAACGGUGGAGGCGGUGGUGAGCAACGGGCGGGUGGUGGCGUCAGGGCGCAACACACCGGAGCGCCUCUUUGCGCUGCUCGACAUGUUCACCACCGGCCGCGAGCUGCGCGCCCAGAUCGAGGCGGUGGUGUCGGUGCCGGGGUUUGGCAGUGUGCUGCGCGAGAUGGAGCGGCUGCCGCGCGACCUGGCGGGUGCGGUGAUGGACACCAUCGGCGAGUUCAAACGCGUGCUCGAGGAGCCGCCCGCGCACCACCAGGCGCACAGCCAGGACAAGAAGAAAGGCAUGCUGAAGCCGUUCCUGCGCAGUGCGAGUGCGAGCAGUGGGGCGGACACGGGGCCCGUGGAGGAGAUGGAGGUCGCCACGGCCGCCACACACCCCCUCACCUCCUACGUCGUCAACUACAUGAACAAUCUCCUCGAUAAGCAGAGCAAGCGCAACUACCCGGUGACGUUGGAGUAUCUGCUGCUGGAGUACGGCCGCAGCAUCACAUCCACCGGUGCCGACGCCACGGCAGCGGCGCUCAUAACGCGCAGCGGCCCGCAGUACAAGACGCCCUUCAGCGGCGCCGCUGUGGAGCGGCGGUCGGGCGCGGUGGGGCCAGCAGCGCUGGGGCAGCGCGCAGCCACCCUGGCGGGCGUGGUGUCGUCGGUGCUGGAGUCGCUGCUGCGCUGCCUGGAGAGCCGCGCCAAGGCCGCCUCCGACCCCACCCAGGGCGCGCUCUUCCUCCUCAACAAUGCCCUCUACAUCUCCAAAAACCUGUCGGAUGGCAAGCUGUCAGCUGUGGCGGAUCUACCGGACUGGAAGGACGGGCAGAUGCUGGACAAGUACAUGAUCCACUUCAGAGACGCCGUGCUCGCCCGGAUAUCGCACGCACUGGAGGAGACAGCAGUCACGGGGGGGCUGCUCAAGUCGGUCAAUGAGCACACGGAGGUCAAGGCCAAGCUGAAGAAGUUCAACGCGGCGUUUGAGGAGCUGGCGAUAAAGCAGGCGGGGUGGAACAUCCCCGAUGAGGACCGCCGCAAGAAGACUCGCAGCAGCGUUGCUCGGCGCCUGCGAGAAAUCUACUCUGCAUUCCUGCUGCCCUACAGGGAGGAGCUGUGUGAGUUCAAGACGUACCGCUAUUCACCGGACGCCAUAGAGCGCGUCGUGCUCGACUACUUCUUCCUCGCCACUCCCUCCAGAGGCCUCCCCAUCUCCUUUGGCUAG